AUGAUCACCUUCAAGGAUACCCAUCUAGCCUUGAUACAUAUUCCAUUGCACCUAUACUCGAAGUUUCUUCAGCCCAUCCUUCAACUGCUACUUCCCAAUGAAUCCCGGGUUAAUGGUACUACUAAUGAGAGCCGAGCCGUGCCUCCCCCAAGAGGCUGGCCAUACGAGCACCCUUUCGUGAACAUUUCCAUCACUCCGAUUGAAUGCUCCGUAGUGUGCUCACGAACACUUGCUCGUGAAUUGUUCGUUCCAGCGCAGGAUGCCCUAGAUCCAACUUCAAAAAGUCAGGCAUCUAUUACCAACGAAGACUUCGUUGUCAUGCAAGUCGACGGUGAAGGCCUAGAUGCCGGACAACGGGUACUGGAACUCACCAGCCCUCUGGCCCUAGCGGGCAUUUCCAUCUUCUUCAUCACUACCUAUUUCUCCGACUACAUCCUUGUACCACUCCGUUGUCGAGCACAGGUAGUACAUGCUCUCGAAGACCGGGGAUUUCAGUUCGAGGACCAAACAUCGUCGUACAUCAACCCUAGUCAUCACGGCCGCAAUCACUCCUCGACCUCCUCCUUCGAAACUCCAGCACCAGGAACACCUCCACCGGCCACAAUAUCCGAACUACAGACACGGACAUUUGCAACCCUCAAGCGCCGUAACAUCAUUCCCACUGUGGACCCAGGCCUGCGUCUCAUCCAAUGUGCUGGCCGCAGAGACGCUUCACGCUCAAAUGGGAUUGAGCAGAGCCGUAACCGCAAUAGCAUGACGAGCGCUGCUGAUGACGCGCUCCACCUCGGCCUUGUUAAAUGCCUCAUUACACAUCCAUAUCCACGGUUUCUCUCGCUAACAUUGACUGACACUGAACCGGCGUCGCUCCUUCUUGACCGUACACUUCUUCCCAAUUUCACUCAAGACAUUCUCUUAGGAUCGAAGGAUGACUAUUUAAUUCCAAUCACGCUCGACUUGCGCGAACUUCCAAUGGAGAGCACCGGUAUCGUGUGCGGCGUGGCAGGGCGCUUAGUAGGAGGCACGGCUGGCCAGCUCGAAAGCCCAGUCGAGAUGAGCUAUCUCAGCACAGCUCGGGCAGGCACAGUAAUGGUCGGUGAAGAAGAGCUGAGACGUGCCCUUGGCGCCUUGCGCGGCGCAGAGAAUGGCGUGCUAUCUUCCCCCGAUUAG